CAACAUUAACGUCAAAACAAAGCAAAACUACGAGUAAAACAGUAAUUUCUGGCGGAGCAAAACGUUUUAUUAUAAUUCGACUUUACUGCGCUGUUUAAUUAAGACUGGACCUCUAAUUUGUUCAUAAUGGCAGAUGAUCUUCAAAACUACAAGUUACAACUCCAGCAGGUGGAAGCAGCUCUUCUCACUGACCCGCAAAACGGCGAACUUCUCAAGCUAAAGCAAGAUCUUGAAGAGGUCAUCGAUUUAACGAAAGAUUUGAUCCGGGCUCAACAGGAAGCGGAACAGAAGAAGAGUGCCUAUGUCGAACCCGCCAGUACCAGAUAUUUUGAGGGUGGCUCUUUGGCGGCGACGGCAGCUGAGAAGAAACAAGCAAAGCCCUCCGUGAUUUGGAAAGUUGGCGAUAAGUGUUCCGCCAAAUGGAUCGAAGAUGGACAGUACUAUGAUGCCACAAUUGAAUCGAUUACAGACGGUGGCGAGGUCAGUGUUGUAUUCGAUGCUUACCAGAACCGAAGCACUACAACACUCUCCGAGUUAAAGGAACAAAAAGUUAGGAAUGAAGUUUUCCCUUCGAAUAGUAAUAAACGUAUGCGACCCAACCAGAAGGAAUACCUGAAAAAGAAAAAGCAAAAGAAGCUCAUGCGCUUCAAGGAACUGGAGGAAGAACGGGAAACGGAGAAGAACAAAUGGCUCCAAUUUUCAGCGAAAAGCACCAAAAAAGCGGGUGUCAAAUGCAAAAGUAUAUUUGCUUCACCGGAGAACGUCAACGGGCGCGUGGGAAUUGGUACUUGCGGAGUUUCUGGCAAACCGAUGACGGAGUUUACCCAUGGUGAAAAGUAUCGGAAGGGCGUGUAAGACGGCGGAAAGCACACAAUGGCAGGGUCAUUUCUAAGGUAAUUAUUAUAACAUAUAUAGAUAGUAUUCUUCCUUGUCGUGAGCAGAAUACUAGCGGAGUUUUAUCGAAUUCUGGGAUAUUUUCCAGGAUUCAUAAACACAAAAUUUCACUCAUAUUUCUCACCUUGAUACAAAUAAAUGAAUAGAUCCAGCAUUGGAAAUUCA